AUGGCAUUUCAUAGACCCCGACCUCCCAAUCGAACAACUCAUAGAUCAGCUACAGAUAAAGAACUCGAGCUGGAACAAAUUAACCAAGAACUCCUGGAGAUACUACAAUCGGAGGUAGCCAUCAACAAGUCGAAUGAGAAAUAUAUAAAGGAUCUGGAACGUAAAUAUACCCGGUGUGAGAAUGAAAUUCAAUCUCUCAAUAAAGAACUGGAACGGCUUGAGAAUGCUUCGGAAGAAGAAAAGGCGGAGUUGAGAUCAGAAAUAUCAUCCCUUAAAAAAAGCUUAUAUCAAGCUAAAAAGGAGGUUCGAGAUAAGAUAUCUUAUAUCGAUAGUAUAGAGAAACAAUUACAAGAAUCAGAAGAGCGGAUUCAAAAUCUAAGGCAUAGAUUCAAA